UCACGCCGGGUGGCGGUAAUACACUUUAAAGCUGUGUGACACCCGUUUUCAAAUACAGAAGAAGAAGAAACUGAUGAAACCUCUGUAGGUAGACAUUCUCCUUUCCGUUUACAAGGCCAGCAAUGGCGUUGCUUUACGGCCUUAUUUGGCGCCUUCUUUUAGCAUUAGUUCGCAUCAAAAGGGCGACAGUUUCCUGGCUCCGAGUCCGUCUUCGAACAUGGAAAGGCCGUUUCUGGCAGCGGACAAUGGCUGCGCUGCUCCUGCCGGUUCCUGUGUCUGAGUUCAAGCAGAAGAAGGCCGGUGCUGACCAGAGUUCUGACGGUGACCGUGAUGGCAAAGGCGCUGGAAGCCGUCGGUCACGUUGGAUAUCUGACGGGAUUUCGCUGGAGAAACUACCGGUCCACAUCGGCCUUGUAGUGGCUGAGGAGGAGCUCAGCUACACGGACAUCGCCAACAUGGUGGUCUGGUGUAUGGCUGUCGGUGUUUCCUACGUCAGCGUCUACGAUCAUCACGGUAUUUUCCAGAAGAACAACUCUUGGCUUCAGGAGGAGAUAGUGAGGCAACAGCACAACCUGUUGGGUGGAGAUGACUCUACAUUCAAUAUGGAGUUACUGAAAAACGGCACAGACAAACCCCAACACUUUGUUGUGUCCUGUAGACCCGUAGUGAAGGUGCUGUCUCCAGAGGAUGGAAAGCACAGUAUUGUCCAGGCAGCAAGAAAACUUUGUCACUCUGUAGAGAAGAAGGAAUGGAGCUCUAAAGACAUCAGCGUCUCCAUGUUGGACGUACUUCUCAGAGAAUCAAAAAAUAUCCCAGACCCUGAGUUGGUGGUGAAGUUUGGUCCUGUGAACAGCACACUGGGUUUCCUCCCUUGGCACAUCAGACUCACAGAGUUUGUCUCCCUGCCCUCCCACAAAAACGUUUCGUAUGAAGACCUGUUUGGCUCCCUGCAGCGUUAUAGUGCCUGUCACCAGCGGCUCGGACAAUGACCUGCAGAUUGUUCUGCUCUUCACAGAGGUGGACGGAUCAGAUCCACCAUGUUUGUUCAGAGGCUGGAUUGGAGGUGACAUCCUUCCUGUGUACCAUGACCACACCCAUCCUUUUCUUCUGGACUAAAAACUUUCAGGAUGGCUUAAAGAUGAAGGAAUCAGGAAUGAUGAGCAGCUUGUCUUCUGCCACUACUUCGUGUUUUAUGAUGAAAUCACUUUCCAGUAUACUGCAAAUCAGUGGAACAAGGCUAAACAGAGAUGAACGCUGACCAAUGAGGACUAUCUCCACUGACUGUUUUUGCAACAUCGAUUCUGUCUCCCCAACCUCUGUGGGUUCUGUGGAUAUCAUUUCCACAGAAAAUAAAUCGAUACAGAGAAAACUUGCAUUAAUCAUCAGUUGGCAUCUUGUUAAAUCCAGCCAUUAUUUUAGAUGGAUUUUCAAUACUGACAAUAAAUGGACAGAAAGUUAGAUAUGAGUGGGAAACAUCA